CAAUUGGUUGCGUGUGCGUGCUGAAUGAAAUUGGUUCUCUUCUUGUGCGAGAAGUUCAGUGCGCUUUCUGUUUUUACUGUUAUUUGAACAUUUUAUUUGUACCGUAUGCCUCCAGUAUCCCGUACUCCGAAUCGAUGUAACGUUAAGAGAAUCUUCUGUCGCGUAUGCACAUUCCACUACAGCAGUCGGUAGAAGAUGAGAAAGACGCGGCAAGCCGCUGAAUUUUCAGAGCUCAAGGAACUGGUACACCAACUGCGAGUCUGCGAUUUACAACAGUUACUUGGUGAAAAUAAUAUUAGUCGAAGCGGUCGCAAAUCGGACCUGGUGGAUCGCGUGCUGAGUUUAGUAAGACAAAACGUGCCCGUACUCAAGCACCGAGUUCGUGAGCUUCAUCGAAAGGCUCAGCAAGAGACUCAAGAACUUCUAACUUCGACGACUGCCCCAGCUGGCAGCAGCAGCAGCAGCGUGAACCAAUCGCUACUGCCACAGGUUGUGCUGCAGUCGGUCGAGAGUAAUUCGCUAGCGGUUCAAACGCUGCUCGCGGCGGGUGGACAUCUUAACCUUAACAGUGGUACUAACGGUUCCGUCGGAACCAACGCCGCCAGCGGCAACAGCAACGUUCACGGUGCCAACAAUACACGUACGGCAGCGGGAAUGUACCAGCAGCAGUAUGCAAAUGCCGUGCAGAGUGACAACCGCGUCGGGCAGGUGCACACCAACGGUAUCGGUGUGCCGGGGUACGGCGAUUAUCCGAUAUAUCCUGACGUACAACUAAAAAAGCUGGCCUUUUUCGACGUCAUGGCCACCUUGCUGAAACCGGCCACAUUGGUUCCUAGCAACACUUCACAGCGAGUGCAGGAGGGUUCGUUUUACUUUCACCUAACACCACAGCAGGCGAACGAAAUCGCCCUGAACCGUGACAUCAGCAAUCCAAACAAGAUGGAGCACGUUGUACAGGUGCAGCUGAGAUUUUGUCUGCUGGAAACAACCUGCGAGCAGGAAGAUUAUUUCCCUCCCAACAUUGUGGUGAAAGUGAACAACAAGCUGUGUCCAUUGCCGAAUCCUAUACCCACAAACAAACCCGGCGUAGAACCAAAGAGACCUCCGCGACCGGUAAACAUUACACCGCAAGUGAAGCUAUCUCCGACCGUCGCAAACCACAUUGCCGUGUCCUGGUGCACGGAGUACAACCGCGGCUACGCAGCCGCCUGCUACCUGGUGCGCAAGCUGACCUCAGCACAACUGCUUCAAAGGCUGAAAACGAAGGGUGUAAAAGCGGCAGAUUACACACGAGCAUUAAUCAAAGAAAAACUGAACGAGGAUGCUGACAGUGAAAUCGCGACAACGAUGCUGAAAGUGUCGUUAAUUUGUCCACUGGGAAAGAUGCGCAUGACCACCCCUUGUCGCUCUUCCACGUGUUCCCACUUACAGUGCUUUGAUGCGUCGUUGUACCUUCAGAUGAACGAGCGCAAACCUACAUGGAACUGUCCGGUUUGUGACAAGCCGGCCAUAUACAACAAUUUAGUUAUUGACGGGUACUUCCAAGAGGUGCUGGUUUCAAACAAACUUUCGAGCGAAGAUACAGAGAUUCAGCUCCACAACGACGGUUCAUGGAGUACACGCGUCAAGCAGAACGAUUCGGACGAUGGGUCGCCCAGCAAGGCUGUACAAAAGGUCGAAGUUAUAUCAGAUGACGUGGAAGUAAUAACGACGGAUCCACCGAAACCGAUUGUGUCGCAAACUUCCGUCAUCUCGACCAAUGAACCCACCUCAACUACUACCUCCAGUGAAACGGUGGAUUUGACACUGAGUGACUCGGAUGAUGAAGUUCCUUCCAAGCGAAAGAAAACCAGUAACCGCACAAAUGGAGCUGGCAGCUCGAGCAACAAUCCCUCGUCGUCCGCGUCCUCGACGUCCGCUGCUGCUGCUGCUGCCACAGGCAACUCGUCGGCUAGCGCCGGUGCAGUAGUGACGCGUUCGAAAAUUAACGAAGAUCCUUCCUCGUCAGUAAUAUCGCUCGAUUCGCCAUCGCCACCCUCGACACCGAAUCCGACGCACAACGGAAGUAACGAUGUGUCUUCAACAACCACUCCUUCGUUGGCUGCAUACCACUACCACCAUCACCAGCAAGAAUCUCCCGGUGGAAACGGAGCAGGAGGGGGGUCCAACGAACAAAUGAGCAAUUUCCAAAUCAAUCCGCUAGCGUUACAUCGGUAAACCAUAAGAGUGGGUCCGUCCGUCCAUCCCUUUCGUUCUUCGCCCAAACCCCCACUCCCCGUUUUCACAUUCAGCCCCAUCAAAGCUCUAUCACCGAGGAAGCAGCAACACAAAACAACCAUUACAUGAACUAAAUAAUGAUUUAUGGUUAAAAAACAUUCUUACAUUCAGUCUAUUUCCCCUCCCUUGCACACAAAAAAUGUAAUCACCACCGGUAAAAGUGCGAUAGAUUAUUUGAAGGAUCUUUUAGUAUUAUAAACAUUGUGUUGUGUGCUGCUACUUUUGCUUAUCCAUACGAGAUGUGCCUACUGGCUGGGCGAAUGUGGCGCUUCGUUUAAAGCGCCACAUAGCACUGGGAAGGGAGUUGAGCACGCAGGAUAUCAUAUGACAACAGAGGUCAAAGGUCAAAGAAGAUUGCUAUUGAUUUGCUUCAGAAAUGGUCUGAUCAUUCUUGUUUGUUCCUUUUUUUUUUUUUUUUGCUAUUCAGUGUUUAUCUGAAGUUUAAAGAAUUCUUGACUCGACUACACAGGGUAUACUUAGUAGAAGGACCACAACCAACAACCUUUUCAAUUGUGAGCCAUAAGACGGCUUGGCGUUGGAAAGCUUUCCGCUAAACUUUAGCCGAGGGCGCGAGGAAAAAAAAUUGCAGGAAUGCUGUAACUGUAAUUGAUUCUUUCUUUUUUUGUGUUUGGCGCUGAUUAAUUGCGAAACUGUUAAAAACGGAUAUGAGAAUGUAAUGCAAACUGAACUAACUACUCUUCGUACAACUUUGGACCAAUAAAUGUCUCUGAUGAAAGGACACAUCAACACAGGCUCUUUAUCCCUUUCUUUGGACAAAUGGAGACAGCUGAAUGCAUAUACUAUAGGGAAACUUCAUGUAAACCAGUAAAGUUAGGCAACGUUUAGAGCGUAAUAGUUUCGAUUUAGAUUUAAAGUAAGUUUUGAUGCAAAAUCUAUAAUUUAUGCAACUUUUUUCUAUGAAGAAAUAGCUGACUCUAUGUAAAUGCUCCUACCGAACCUAGGCAUUAGUAUCACGUUAGGGGACUUUAUUUUAUGUAGGACGACCUUUGUCAAGUAACUUCUUACGCAAGCGAACGGAACUCUCGUCGUUCGUGUAUACAUUGCCAUGGAAUUUACACGAUCUGUUCGUUCCGUAUGGAGUGCGACUCUCUUAACUUUUUUAGUUGUGUUUAAUUUUUUUUUGUUCUGAUGUUUAGAUUAGAUUUAGAUUGUAAAAUAAACAAAAACUACAUGCAUUACCCGAGAA